AUGCCGAGUGCGCCGAGUCCGAGGGGAGGUGCGCGGUGUUUCCGCUGUGGGACGGAUCGGCCCGUCAUCGACUGCUGCGUGUUCGCCAUGAGCUUCUGCAUCGCGGGCAUCUCGCUCGCGGCUGGCGUCGGGGGUGGCGGCCUUUUCGUGCCGCUGCUGAUGGCGGCGCUGUCCUUCGACACGCGGUUCGCCACGGCCAUGUCGCAGUCCAUGCUUGGUGGCGGUGCGGCGGCGGCGUUCCUGUACAACAUCAGGCACACCCACCCCCGCGACCCGACGAGGCCGCUGGUGGACUUCGAGCUGGCGUGCCUGAUGGCGCCGGCGUUGAUGUCGGGGGCGCAGAUCGGCAGCCAUCGUGCACAACACGGCCCCGCCAGCGCUGCUGGUGGCGCUGCUCUGCCUGGUGCUGGGCGACGCGGCCCUGAAGGGCGUGAAGAAUGCCAGGAGAAGGUCGCGCAGAAGGCGAAGCAGGAGGCCCAGGCGGUGCCCGACCCCCCCAACGGCGCCAAGGCCGCCCUCGCCGAGGAGGACAGCCUGGGGAGCUCCGAGGAGGAUACCUCCACCUUCGACAGGGCGGACGGCUACAUCAGCGAGGCGCAGCGCAACUUCCUCGGCGUGUGGCUCUUCGCGGUCGUCAUUAACCUGGCGAAGGGCAUCCUGGUGGACAUCUGCACGUGGCCGUGGUGGCUCCUGGUGCUGUGUGCCACGGGCUGCCUGGGCGCCUUUGCCCUGCACUACGCCAGGAGGCUGGGCGGCAGAGAGCCCGCGGGCCGCGGCAGCCUCGACUUCCGCGAGCUCUCGACCACCAUCGUGCGGUGGAGCUUCCUGGCGGGGCUGCUGGCCGCCGUCUGCGGCAUCGGCGGCGGCAUGGUCAUGGGGCCGAUCCUGGUCGGCCUGAAUGUCCCGCCGCCGAUCUCUGCGGCCACCACGGCGACCACGCUCCUGGUCCUGUCCACGAGCAUCGAGGUGGUGUACAUCGUGCGCGGCGGGGCUCCCUGGGGCUACUCUGCCUUCCUCUUCGUCGCAACCGCCUGCGGCGCGAUGACGGGCAAGGUCCUCAUCGGGAGAUGGGUGAGGCGAACAGGGAGGGACGACAUCAUCGUGUGGUGCCUGGCAGGCAUCACGAUCGUCUCGAUGCUGCUCAUGGGCGGGCUGGGCCUGCUCAAGCUGAUCCGCGACCCGGUCGGCGCCGUGCAGUUCAACAACAUGUGCUCCACCGACGGCAUUGCCCUGGAGUCCCUCGCGGACUGGCACCGCAUCCACGACCACGGCGCGCCGAGAAGGGACGAGCCGCCCCUGAGGCUGCUGCCGUACCCCAGCGGCCACGCCCGGCGCGCGCCUCGGCUGGACUGCGCGCACAAGCAGGUCGAGCGCACCAGCGCCCACGCCCGCGGCCUCGACGGCAAGGCCUGCGGGGACGAGGGCUGGCUGCAGGUGGAGAAGCUGGACGACUGGUUCGGCAAGUACGGGAGGCCCAUUGCCAUCAACUCCGACGUGCAGCGCUACGCGAGCCUCGUGCUUCGGAGGCCCCCGAACGUGGACUCGAUGCUGCAGAAGAAGGGCGGCAUUCCCCCGCUGCCCCAGUGGGCCCCGUACCCGGAGACCUGGCGAAGGACCUGCGCGUCAAGAGGAUGCAUGAUUCCAUCCCGAUUCGACGAUUCAACGCCACGUUCGCCGGCAAGCUUGAGCGGGCCGGUGUUAAGCCAGGCGCGUCCGAGGCGGCGCUCUCGCGGACGUACCACGCCGAGCGGGACCAGCGCUCGGGGUCAAGGACCGAAGUCGGCCUCCUCCACCCGGAGGUCUGCGAGCGU